AUGGCUCGAGUAGGAGUCGACGCACUCAAUGUGCAGAACCACACCGCGCAGCUUGUAGAGGCCCAACGAGCCCUCGUUGAAGAGCUCAGGCGAGACGAUCAGCGUGUGAAACGUGCCGAGCUGGAGAUCCGUCAGCGAAACGAUGAGAUCGAAAAGAAGAUGCUGCGUCUGGAUCGUCUUAACAAAAAGUACGAGCAACUUGUGAGUAAGAUGGAGGACGCAGACACUGGUCCACUGGAAGCGAUCAUCAAGAACUUGGUUCGUGAGACCAAGAUCGGUCGAGAAGACAACACUGCCAAGCAGAAGCAGUGGCUUAACACCCAAACGGCACUUGUACAUGCUGCAAGUGAGGCACAAGAGCUGAGUGACCGCAACCAGGAACGUAAGAGCAAGACGAGCGUUCUGGAACAGAAACAGCUGCGUCUUCAGCAUGAGCUGCACGAAAUGCAGCGGGAGCUAAGAGAUCUCUCGAAUGGCAUUGCAUCUCUCCACGCAGACACUGGAAGACUGAAUGAUCUUAUCGCUCGUCAAGGUUCUCGUCACGACGACUUGCUUAAUAGUAAUCACGCACUCGAGCUCGAGUUUGCAAGUGAGUUGCGAGAACUUGAGGCCACAUCGGUGUCGAUGGAAGCUCGAGCUGCUACUCUACGUCAAGAAAAGCAGGAACUACUGGGCCGUGUCGUGGAGGUAGAGCGACAACUCAUGCUCUGGGAGAAGAAGAUCCAGCUAGAGAAAGAGACGCAAGCUGCUCUUGACCCUGAAGUGGGCCAGGCUGAAGCACGUAGCAUGGAGAAGGAGAUCCACCGCAUGCGUCUACGCCUUGAGACCUUACAACGGAGCCAAGAGCAAAUGCUGCAAGAUAUGGAGCAAGCUGUGCACAAGCGAGACGUCAUUGCGCUUCGUGGUCGUAGUAAGAAAGAACAGGAGGCCGACCUCACGUUUGCUGCGCUCACAGCGAAGGUAUCUACGCUACAGAAUCAACUGCGCAAAAGUGAGCGAGAUGCCUCGAGACUGGAUAAAAGUAUCCGUAAACAACUCGUGGCUGGUGAAGAUGUUUCUUUCCAACUGGAGAAAGUCUCAGCUGAGCUUAAAGUGGACGAAGAGCGAGGAUUGUCACUCCAACGUGCGAUUAAUACUGCUCUCUACGAUAAGCAGCGAUACAUUGAUGCUGCAGCACGUAAACUUCGUAUGACAAAACGCUUCGACUCGCUCUGUCGCGGAGUGGCCAAUGGUCCUGCCAAUGAGACACAAGCAGCUUCAGCCUUGGAGAAAGCGAAGGAGGGCGUCGAAAAGGUUCGGGCCAUCGUUGUCAUGCUUCAGAAACAGAAUCCUCAUUUGGCUGAGGUUCUUCCUCGCGUUUUGUUGCUUGCUGAAAACCCGCCACCAAUGGAGAAGUAG